UGACGAGCGCUCCGUGCGAUGACCUCAUCUCUGGUGUGGGAUGACGUCAAAUUCAAGAUGGAUGGAAUCACGGCGGCAGGAGCUCGCAGAUGAAUUGCGGACCGGAGGGAGAAGACAGCGGCGCGGUGAAGAUUCCGCCGCCCCGGGCCCGGAGUGACGGUUUCUCAGAACAAUGGAUGGCCUUCUACAUUACAUAAAUCCAGCCCAUGCGAUUUCCAUUCUAAGUUCCUUAAACGAGAAACGCCUGAAGGGUCAGCUGUGCGAUGUUCUUCUGAUAGUCGGAGACCAGAAAUUUCGAGCACACAAAAACGUGUUGGCCGCCAGCAGCGAAUACUUCCACAGUCUGUUCACAGACAAAAACAACGAGUCUCAGACAGUCUUUCAGCUGGACUUUUGCGAAGCUGAUGCCUUUGAAAACGUCUUGAACUACAUCUAUUCCUCAUCGCUGUUUGUUGAAAAGGGAAGUCUCGCGGCGGUUCAGGAACAAGGAUACAGCCUUGGAAUAAGCUUCCUGACAAAUAUUCUUUCCAAAACCCCACAAGCACCGUUUUCUUCUUCCAGCAAAAAGUUGACUGUCCAAGAGGAAGAUGAAAGUGGGUCUCAGCAAACAAGCGUUAUCGUCUGUCAAAGCAGAAACGAGGCGCAAAGCAGGGACUUGUGUAAUCAGGACAAAAACAGGACAAAGCCUUCAACGUCUUUGGGGAAAGCACCUUCCGUUAAGCACCAUGUGCGCCCGGGUGAUUCUCUUGCCAGUUUCUUGUCUUCUGAAAGGAAGUGGCAUGGGUCCUCUAACUCAGGUGAGCAGCCCUUAAGUGGGUCCCUGAAACGAAAGGCAACAUUUCAUCAGAGGGUAUCUGAAGGACAUGAUGUUGAUGUGAAUGAUCAUCCUUCUACUGGAUCAUAUCCAAGGGGAAAUGAGAUUUUAAAGAAGAAAUUGGCAUCAGCAUCUUUACUUGGCUCAACGGAAUCUCUAUAUUCGUCACAGAAACCUGAAAGGGGCACUUCAGAAAUGAAAGACGAAAGAAAGAUACCGGGUUAUCCUCACAUAGGAUUUGGAGCUUCUUCUAUAAGAUCCUCAAGCCAACAGAUUGACCGUAGCGGUCCACUUGUUAAGAGUCUUCUUAGAAGAUCAUUAUCUAUGGACAGUCAAGUUCCUGCAUACUCACAAAGUUUUGACUUGCAAUCCAUUCAAGGAACAGCAUCCCAGCGGGAUAGUCCAAAUGAGGAUGUGCUUAUUGGAAUUUCUCAAAGGCACAAUUUAAAAGGACCUAUAGAUAAACCCGCAGGCCGAGAAAAGGAGCAGGAAAAGACUUUGGAUCCUUUAAGACCCUUUAGUUUAUCACAGUCAACUUCUACAGAGAACGAUUUAUGCAUAAAGACUGAGCCUAGCAGCCCUGCUUCAGAACCAUCAGAUGCAAUGCGAAUAAGAGAUGCUACUCGACAAAGGAGUAGAGCAUUUUCCUCUAAAUCUGAAGAAGCUCCUUUGCGUACUCAUUCAUCUAAAAGAACAUUUCAGACAGAAAAAAGAAUACCACAUUUAAGAGUAAAAUUGAAAAGAAGUAGUUCUCCAGAAUAUGAUGGAAACUAUGCAGAAGACUCUACAGCCCUUGGCGAUUUCUCAGAUUCAGACGAUAGCAAGGAAAUGGUCAUCGCAACACCAGAUGUCCUUCAAAACAAAAAAUUCAAAUGUAAACACUGCCUUAAAAUUUUUAGAUCGACAGCUGGUCUUCAUCGUCACGUUAACAUGUACCAUAACCCUGAAAAACCAUACUCGUGCGAUAUUUGCUACAAAAGGUUCCACACAAAUUUUAAAGUGUGGACGCACUGUCAGACGCAACAUGGAGUAUUGAAAAAUCCAUCGCCUGCUUCAAAUGCACAAACCGUUUUGGAUGAAAAAUUCCAAAGGAAAUUAAUAGACAUUGUAAGAGAACGGGAAAUUAAAAAAGCGCUUAUGUUUAAGUUGCGAAGGGGCAAACCAGGAUUUCCUGGAUCUUCUAGUAGCCAAGCACAAGCCAUGAAAAGAAGCUUGAGAUCGAGAACCAAAGCUGCUUUCAGUUGCAACCAGUGUGGGAAAUCUUACCGUUUUCUUACGCAGUAUAAACAGCACCUCAAAAUGCAUCCAGAAGAGAGGUCUACAUAUAGCAACAAGUCCAUCAGGCCUAAGGUAUCUUCUCCUCCGAAGAGCCCGGUGGAAAACAAGGAGGUGUAUCCUUGCCGACUUUGCAAUGUAAAGUUUACUUCAUUUCUUGAGCAAGGGAAUCAUGAACGCAUGUGCAGAAAUGCUACUUUAUGCCCUUACUGUAGCCUUCGGUUUUCAACCCCAGAACAGAAAAACGAACAUGAACCAAAGUGCGAAUAUAAAAAGCUGACAUGCCUUGAGUGCAUGCGAACAUUUAAAUCCUCUUUCAGCAUCUGGCGUCAUCAAGUUGAAGUCCACAACCAAAAUACAAUGACGCCAACGGAAAACUUUUCACUGCCUGCGCUCGAUCACAACGGAGAGGUCAACAACCCACCAAGGUUGCAGUCCUUGUCCGAGUCCAGCAAAGGGAAUAGCUUUCUCUCGUCGAAAGAUGACGGCGUUUAUAGUGAUUCUUCGGAACAUAUGAACUUUGAUUCUGAGGAUUCUAACUGCCUCCCUGAGGACCUUAGCGUUUCAAAACAGUUUAGCGUUAAAAUUAAGGAAGAACCCACAGAUGAGAUGGACGAUAGCUCAGAAGCCAUUUACAGUCAAAAGGAAGACAUGACUGGCUCUGAGCGCGGCGUGUGGUCGUGCGAAAAAUGCGGGAAAAUGUUUACAGUCCAUAAACAGCUGGAGCGCCACCAGGAACUCUUGUGCUCAGUCAAGCCUUUCAUCUGUCACGUAUGCAACAAAGCCUUCCGAACGAAUUUUCGACUUUGGAGCCACUUUCAGUCGCAUAUGGCACAAGGAGAAGAUGUGUCGUCUUUUAAAGAGCCAGAAGCUUGUGCUCCUGUGAGCUCUCCAUCUCCACCUCCUCCUCCUCCCCCGCCGCCACCACCACCGCCACCUAAAAUAGAGCCAGAGACACGCCCGACUUUACCAGAAAAACCUGAUGGGAGCGAAAAAGGCUUUGCCCCUCAAGAAUCAGAUACUCUUUUUUACCACGCCCCACCCCUUUCAGUCAUUACCUUCAAGCGGCAAUUCAUGUGUAAACUGUGUCAUAGGACCUUUAAGACUGCGUUCAGUUUGUGGAGUCACGAGCAAACACACAACUGAACCUUCGGUGCUACAAGACAUGUUUUUGUUUGUUUUUUCUUCUGACAGUUGCUACCGAUUAGCUAAAAGUAGAAGACCUCUAAAGAUUUUGAGAGCCGGUGAUUUUUCAUUUUUUAUUGCUGUUGCUAGAAGAAUUUUAAAUGGUGUGCAGUAAUUUGGUCUUAAAUCGACUAGUAAACUAAACCCCACCCCCUCCAAAUCUGCAUUUUUGUCUUACAUUAUCGGUUUUAUAUGCAUGGAAUCCCUUACCUGCCCUAGCUUUACAUAAGAAGUUUCAGUUGCACCAACUUAUCUUUUUGGUGUUGGUUGGAGACUUAUUCUUUUGAAGUUUAGUCACCUCGCAUCUAUAAUUCUUCAGGACAUGAUAUUUUUUUGUAUUUACUGAAGACCGUGAAAAAUUAUCUAACUAUUCGUUAUCCUGUAGCAAUAAUCAAUACAAGAACCUCAACUCAGUAUGUCACUUUUUUUUGGUGAAUCUUUGUCUCUAUCUGGCCAACAGAUGAUUCUGUGCUAUUAGAUUAGCAUUGGUAGAAAAAGUUUUUAUAUUGUUUUAGUAUUCGGCAAAACCAGAUCUCACAUGGUUUUGAAAACCUAUAGCUAUGAUAUUCCUUUUUUUUCUUUAUUAGAUCAAAUUUUGUGAUUAAAGGGUGAGUUUGACUACAGCUGAUAUAUCUACAUUUUUGCUAAAUACCAGAGAGGUAAAUCCACCCAACCGUUCCUGAUGCCUCUCAGUCACAAGGUGCUUCUCUCUGCUUAGGUUUGGAUACACUUUAUGGGCAAAAACCCGAUCAUCACAGCUGUGUGAGCUUGUUACACAUUCCAGUGCUAAACAAUCAACAUGAAUAUGAUGCUACCCCCUUUCUCGAUUUGUAGCUUCAAUAGCAUCCACUCUUCUAGGGAGGCUUUCCACAAGACUUUAGAGUUUGUUUGUGGGAGUUUGUGCUAGUUCAGCCCAAACAGCAUUUGUAAGUCAAAUACUGAUGUUAGACAAGAAAACUUUAGCAUUCCAAAUUGAUCCCAAAGGAGUUCAGUAGGGUUGAAGUCGGGGCUCUGUGCACGCCACUACAGUUCCUCCACACCAAACUUCUCAAACUAUGUCGGAUUAUAAAUUAGAGGUGCUCCAGACAAGGAGAAGAAGACUAUAAAAGGGGAUAAAAAGGCCAAGAGAGGUAUAUGCUGCAGCAAUCUUUUAAGCAACAAAAUUUAUAGUAUUUAUAUAAUCAUAUUUGUGGGGUUGCAAGGUACCCUGAUUAUGAGCUUGUGGAAAAUAUGACUUUCUCCACGCAGAAUAUGACGGAAGGUUGUAUUCAAUGCUUGUCUGGAUUUCCCUGGAAUGUCCUGUACUCCAUAGAGUAAUUGAGCAUGAUUCUUGUAUUUAAUGGUAUAGAGCAGCCAGUCUCGACCACUACGGUUCCUCCAGAGGUUGCUAGGGGUUCCUUGAGAUGUGGCUAAUUGACCUCCCAUUUAAUGGUGCCUGCAGAGUACCGGGGCCAAUGCCACUAAGCAGAGCCAGCACCAUGACACCAAUGAUCUUUAUCUAUCUCUUUGACCACCACUGUAAGGGGGGCAUUUUUCCCACUGACGACAAGUGAAUUGGUUUAGUCAGAGGUGCCCUGAGACCUAAAAAUUAUUUCAAGGGUUCCUCUGGGUUAACAGGGUUGACAAAGGCUGGGAUAGAGGAGAAGGCUCCAACUAUGAGGUACUUCCAUGUGUAUUCUUCAAAAAGGGUUGGUACUGGUUAUUAAAACAAGUUAAGAC